AUGAGCGCGGUAGAUUCUCAUGGUGACAAUGGUGGGAACGAUGUUCCUGGCGCUUCCGAAUCCCAGCAAAAGCCAAGUAUCCAGGGCCAACAGUUGAGAAAUACUAUUGGCAUCGCUGAUCGAUGCCGGUUUGACUUUCUCUUGAAGUUUACUCGUGCAGCUGGAGUCAAUGAAGCGUAUAACUGCAAUCGCUUGUUCACGGCAGAUGAACUAUACGACCAGAGUGUCUCUGAAGAUGGCACAUCUCAAACGAACCUAGAUCCAUGCCUUCUGGGUGAGGACUAUUUAUGGCCAGAUGGGGAUAGGGGACCAUUUACCAGAUAUAACAGUUCCACAAGAGAAGACCUCGCCAAUGAUGCCCUGAGGCUUCAAUCCAGUCACAUUUGGGACAUGCUUCUCCCUUUCUGCGAUGAGAAAACAGAAGGGAGUGUAACUAUGGCCGAUGUUAUUUCAUUCUUCUCGCCAGAGAAUAUCCUCCAUUUUCUUGACAUAUUUUGGGAUCGCUGGUAUCCCCACUGUCUAAUCUUCCACAGGCCAACAUUCAAAAUUGACUCCUGCUCGCCUCUCCUUCUUACACACAUGGUACUCAUGGGAGGCUGUAUAUCCCCAUAUAGGGCUGAUCGCUACAUUGCAAGGCUACUCCUAGAUAUUGCAGAAGGGAUUGUGUUCUCACAGCCUAUGUUCUCGGCCACAGCAACCCGGGUUGAAGGUACGGAUCAAAGCCAUCUAACCCAAAUCAGCACUUUGCAGGCAACAUAUUUGAUUUGUAUUAUGCAAAAGUGGGAAGGGAGCAAUGAAUCAAAGGUCCGCAUUCAGCGUGAUCAAUUCACAAAAUUUGUGUCAGCAACGCGGGCAAUGGGAUUGUCAAGGGCUAGACACAGCCAUCGACCCAUUACCUCGGAAUUUGACGAUUCCGAAUGGCAAGCAUGGAUUGAAAGAGAAGAAGUCAAUAGAAUGUGCAACUAUGUAUUUCUUCUUGACUCCGCUUUUGUGAUUUUCCACAAUUCAUUCCCACGAAUGGUUCUCCAAGAGAUGCAGAUUGAUUUGACAUCUCCAGAGCCAUGGUUUCAAGCAUCUUCUGCAGCCGACUUCCUAUAUGCUGUCCAGGCAAACCCAGGACUACCGGAGAAGCAUAUAUCUCUUGUUGAUUCUGUUCGCAGGUUGUGCAAUGCUAGCCCGAACCAAAGCACGGACUUUUUGAGCGGUGCUAGCAAGCUGAAUCUUUUCACGGUCGCUACAGCGAUCCAUGGUCUUAUAUUUCAUCAGAAAUCCUCGUUGUACACGCUUCCACUUUCCGAUAACCCGCUAGGCAAGGCACUCGACCGGUGGGAGGUCGCUUGGAAAUCAAAUCAGCAGCAACCACUGUAUACGCGGGCAUCGAGGAAUACAAGUCGUCCAGCCGACCAGGAAUAUGGGUUUAUGCAGUACGCUGAUGAGUUUGCUGUCCUGGCACGUAUCUCUCUCAAAUUAUCAUAUUUCUCACCAACAGAAUGGUCGGAACUUAUCGAGGGAUUGUCUGAUCGCUCCUCUCGCGGCGAAUUUGCUACUUUUGAUCAAGCCGGCAUGGGCCCUAUUGGGGAUUUGAUGCUGGCUGUGGAAAACUUGAGCUUGAAUAGGUAA